AUGGCAGCCGCGCCUGGGCGGCGAUUUGAUGCCGAUCGAACAAGCAUCAGCGCUUACGGUUCGGCUGGCAGGGGUCUUGCUACGCUGGUUGCCGGGCGGCACGAAGCAAGCAACUACGGCCACCAAAUAGUUUCAGGAACGAUCGAUACGACCAAGGAGAGCUCGAUGCAGAAUCAGCGUAGCCGUCAGAUCUUCACCUUUGCCCUGGUGCUAGGAGCCAUGGUCUUCGGCAUGGUUUUGGCGGGAAGCUCCGAGCUCGUUCCGGCCGGGUUGGCCGAGGCCGAUCCGACCCCCAGCCAGGCUGUUCACGUAGCGGCAGCGAGCCCCGUUCAAGGCUUGCCCAGCCUCGCCGACCUGGCGGAGGCGGUCUCUCCGGCGGUGGUGUCCAUCCAAGUGACGCAGUUUGUCGAAGAGCGGCCCCGUAGUGGCAAUCCGUUCGAGUUCUUCUUUGACCAGCGCCGUCGCCGCCAACCACAGCAGCCGCAGCAGCCACCACAAGAAGAGGAAGAGCCGCAGCAGCGUCGUUCGCGUUCGUCCGGCAGUGGUUUCGUGAUCAGCUCGGAUGGCUACAUCAUCACCAAUCACCACGUGAUCGAAAAUGCUGACGGCCUGACCGUCAAUCUCGGUGGCCGGCGCUACGAGGCCGAGGUCAAAGGCGACGACCCGGCGACCGACCUCGCGCUGAUCAAGAUCGAGCCCGAGGGGCCGAUUCCCUACCUCGACCUGGGCGACAGCGACACCUUGCGGGUUGGCGACUGGGUGAUGGUCAUCGGCAGUCCUCUACAACUCGAGAACUCGGUUUCUGUCGGCGUAGUUUCUGCAAAGGGACGGGCGAUCAACAUCACCGCCGACAGCAGCUUGGAGAAGUUCAUCCAGACCGAUGCGGCGAUCAACUUCGGCAACUCCGGCGGGCCGUUGGUGGAUCUCGCCGGCCGCGUGGUCGGUAUCGCCACGGCGAUCAACUUCGGUGCCGAGAACAUCGGCUUCGCGGUGCCGGUCGGGACCUUGCGCGAGAUCCUGCCCCAGUUGCGUGACCACGGCAGUGUCGAGCGCGGCUACCUCGGCGUCGACAUCCGCGACCUCAACCGCGAGACCGCCGAGGCCUUUGGACUGGAUUCCACUGACGGCUCGCUUGUCGAGGCCGUGAGGGAAGAUGGUCCGGCAGAAGACGGCGGCGUCAAUCAUGGCGACGUCAUUCUCGAGGUCGAUGGCACUCGGGUGCGUACGAACCGGGAGCUGAUCGACAACAUCUCCGCGCGGCGACCGGGAGCGACCGUUCAGCUGACCUUGUGGCGCAACGGCAAGUCGAUCAAGAAGAAGAUCAAGCUAGGCCAACGGCCGGGCGCGCAGGUGGCUGAGGUCGAGGUCGAGUCCGAGGAGCGUGGCAGCAUUGAUUGGCUGGGCAUCGAAUACUCCGACUUGAACACCAGUCUGCGCCAGAACCACGGUAUCGACAGCGAUAUCGAUGGGGUUUGGGUGACCGAUGUCGAUGCCACCAGCCCGUUGGUCGAACAGGCGGCUCAGGUGGUGCCGGGCGAUGUGAUCACCGAGGUCAACGGCGAGAAGGUCGACAGCGUCAAGCGUUUUGAAGAGGUGGUCGAGGCGGCCGAGUCUGGCAGCUUCCUGCGCAUGUACAUCACCAGCUUCAAUCCGCAGCGCAACGGCGCCAGCUUCUUCGCCAUCGUGCGGGUGCCCUGA